AUGAGCCAGACGACGACGACCACAGAACAGGGCCUCACCGUCGAGGCCAGCCGCGCAAAGCGUCUCGAGCGACAGCAGUCGCGCUUCAGGGACAGAGGAGGGAUCUUCGUGCCUUCGACACACAAUGCGUUGCUCGACAUCCUCCUCGCACGCGGCGUGAACGGUGAGAGCCCCGCCAAGGCGCUUUCGCAGACAAUCCCAGUGGAGCAGCACGACCCUCUGCCCCUGGCUGGCAAUGCGAGCAAGGCUGCGAGGAGAAAGUCGCACGCUGUGAGGGAUAGUGAGGGCACGGAUGACGAGGUCGAGGUCGCUACCACUCCCAAGCGUGUGACUGCGAAGCGCACGGCAAGGGCAAGGGCAAAAGCGCCCACGAAGACCCGGGCGAAGGCAAAGCCCAAGGCGGCAGUUCGCGCCCCGCCGGAAGCCCACGCGAAAGGGGUGGACGCAAGAGAGGUGAAUGAUACGAGCGGUGAAGGAUCGUCGCGCGCGGUUGAACCUCUGGCGCAUCCGCCCAAGAAACGCGCCAGGAAGGUCACGCAGCAGGAUGAGAAAGAUAAGGACCUCGCAGAGUAUGAGGCAAAGCCCCGUUCCACUCGCCGUACGAUCAAAUCGACGACCACCAGAACGACUCGUGGAACUGCCGCCACUGCCUACAAUGACACCGCAGAUGUUCUGACGAAGAUAAGGACAAAACGACCCUCACCGAUCCCCGAUGAGGAUGCUGCAGUUACCUCCGAUGACGAGCCUCUGGCACGAAGGCGUGCAAAGGCGGCACCCAAGGCGAAGCCUUCGCGGAAGAAGAAGGUUGAGGAAGACGAAAUGGAAGAGGAUGGUGAGAGUGCUGCGAAGAAGUGGACAGCGAAGCACAAAGGGAAGGCCAAGGCUCCUGCUGAGGUGCUUGAGACUGCCACGGCAGAAGUCUCAGAUGAACCUGCACUUGUGCAGCAGGAUGGCGUUGCGUGCAAGCCUUCUCGAACGCGGGCGAAGUCUGUGAAGGACUCCACGAAAGACGGCAAAAGAUCUACCAGAAGAACUGUUGAUUGUGAUGACGCUGAUGUGAUAACUCAUCCGUUGAAGGAGAAGCUAUCAGAGUUGAGACCCACGAAGUCCUCAACCGCGUCGAGGACCCGCAAGACAGCACUCCAAUGCUCCGCAGACACAACACACACGGAGGCUCCUACUGCUGCUCAGACGGAAGGCGUGCAGAAAAGCCGUUCGAGGGCUCCAUCGAGCAGUAAGGCCUCUCAUCCCACAGGCAACGAGCCUGCCGAAUCUAGUGACGACGACGUCCCUCUAGCUGCUCUUCUUAAGCGAAGAGCCAAGCACACGAAGGCGGCGAGCGAGCACACGACUUUGCAGCCGCGCAAGCAAACGAAGGGAGACAGCGAUAACUCGUUCCACCCCACCACGGUAUCCGAGCCGAAGAAGGUCCGCUCACAGGACGACAACUCUGAACAGAUAGCGUCUGGUUUGGGAUCUCGCGACCAACUUGUGAAUGCAGCUGGAACGCGGAUGGCAGGGCCCUCGCACAAUGGCCAUACAGCGCUUAAGAAACGCUCGCGGGACGAUUGGAAUAUUUCAGAGGAACAGGGAGACCAGGUUGAAUGCGAACGGACCCGACCUGCUAAGCGAGCGAAUGUAUCGAAGUCCACCUCCGACGCUUCUUGGAAAGCAAAGUUACCACUAACAAGAACAGUGCGUGUGGGCACCUCUUCUCCAAAGGCGCAACUAGCCAAGCAGAAAGCCACGGCGAAGCCAAAACGGUACGAUAAAGAGAACUGCAGAGCUGCAGCUCCUAGCGCUCACAAGAGUCUUCCUCGCAGAUUGAAACCAAAACCCAAGCCCAGACUAUCGUUGUUUCCUCCGCCUGCGCAUAUCGCUGAUAGCGAUGAUGACCCUAUUGAUUUUCUGUCGUAG